UUCAAGUUAGAUACCAUGCAAACAUUCGGUUCUAGUUCAGCGGGAAUGUAUGGCGUGGUCGUUGCUGUUACCUUUGCUAUUGGUCUGUGGGUAGGAUCAAACGUAUCACCCCGGCGCCCAGUCAAGAGCGAAAAGCCUCAUGGUCAGGCUAUCGAGACUGUCGCAAAGGGCACAGAGGCCGCAGGCCUUCUGCACGGUAACGAUGAAGACAAUGAAAGUGAUGAAGAUCAAGUCAGUGGUGAUCUCUCGUCUCUCAAAAUUGGUCCCACUGAGGAAUGCACGAUGGUACUCGUGGUUAGGGAGGAUCUGGGUAUGACCUCUGGAAAAAUAGCUGCACAGUGCUCUCAUGCUGUCCUCGCAUGCUACAAGUCUAUGCUAUCCUCAAAUGUACCGCUAUUGAGACGCUGGGAACGCGCCGGACGACCCAAAUUGACCCGUUGGUGUUCUGACGAGGAGAUACUUCUGGAACUGCAAGCUCUAGCUCAAAGCUUGAAUUUAUGCACGAGAUCGAUCCAAGACGCCGGAAGAACACAAAUCGAGGCUGGUUCUCGAACAGUUCUUGGCAUUGUUGGACCCGUUGACCUUGUGAGGAGGGUUACCGGAACACUGAGGCCUUUUGAGUGAUGUAAAUUGCUGGAAUAUUGCUACUAGAGAGCCAAUAAAAUGUUAGAAUGGUCAUUUGAUAGCCAUGUGGAGGC